AUGGAUCCAAUCAAAUACUUGUUUAAAAAGCCUGCGUUGACUAGAAGAAUUGCACGCUGGAAGAUGUUAUUAUCAGAACACGACAUCCAUUAUCGUGCCCAAAAAGCCAUCAAAGGAAAUGUUUUAGCCGACCAUCUGGCCUCUCAACCUAUUGAUGAUGAUCAAUCCUUACAAGAUGACUUCCCAGACAAAGAAAUCAUGUAUUUAAAAUCAAAAGAUUAUGAAGAACCUUUACAUGGAGAAGGACCUGAUCCUGAAUCCCGAUGGGAUUUGAUAUUUGAUGGAGCCAUUAAUGCUUAUGGUAGAGGAAUUGGGGCAAUCAUUGUUAUGCCACAAGGUUCUCAUAUCAAAGGAGAAUGGGAAACCUGUCAUCCUGGUGUAAUUCCUUACAGAGAUUAUGCCCGAAGACUACUGACCUUCUUCAACAAAGUUGAAUUCCAUCACAUACCUCGUGAGGAAAGUCAAAUGGCAGAUGCAUUGGCUACCUUGGCUUCCAUGUAUCAAGUGAAGUUUUAG